UUGUUUUCAUUAAUUAGGAAAAAAUGUACAAUUAGGAGUUUAUAUACACAUUGCAAGAUAGUCUUAAACCAGAGGCUGAAGGCCUGAACCAAAAAAAUUAUACUAGUUUAUAGUAUACCAAUUUAGAUGUUAUAUACAACCUAAUCAUGUACAAAACAAUGCAAUCAACAACUAUUACAAAUUACAACCAAUAAGCAUGAAAAACACAUGAUAUAAGUUAGGUAUAUCUAUAAACCUUUUUAUUUCGUAAUAGUAUGUUUACUGUAUACAAAGUUACUUCUUCUUUUUCUGGUUUAACAAAAUUACAUAUUUUUAAGAUGAAAUGAAAUGACGCGGUUUGUUUCAGACAAUAAAAAAGAACAGCUUGAUCAAUUUGAAUUGAUGGUUCAGUUUCUAUUUUACCAUCUAUGCAUCAUGCAUGAGUCUAUCAUUCUAAUUCUAUUGCAAAGUAAAUAUAUGCUUUCGAAGAAUAACUACUUUGAAUCUUUCGUUGCUAAUAUUUGAAGAAUCAAAUACAAAACGAUAAUAAAGUAAAAAUAUAUUGACAAGAAUUGCUUAAUAGAGAGUCAACCUUUGGUCGCGACGUUCUUAGACGGGAAGUAUGGCUUGGUUCGUAUUUUGAGUUCUUUUACAACUCAAGACUUUUUAGUGCUCCUUUAUAUUCUUAUUAGUUACUAGUUACUACUAAAGGGAACUUCAAAAACAUGAAUCAAUCAUGAAGCAAUAUAUAUAUUAUCCCUUAAUAUAUGUAUUCAAUUUACACAUCACAUAAUAUAUAAAAUAAUCAAGAAAAAUGUUCUAAAAAUCAGUCUAGGUAGCGCCUGAUCGGCAAAUCGGUUAUGAACAAAAUAUUUUUUUUUUCAAAUCGGUUUAUUAAAAAAAUGGUCUAGGUGUUAAAAAAAAUCAGUCUAGCGUCCGCUUAAACAAAAAUCCUCUAUAAGAUGAUUAACCACCGCCUAACGAAUCGAGAGACUGUUAUGAUGGUAAAUUUGAAUACCUAAACACACUCAAUUUCAAAUUCAGUAGUAUAGAACCAUCAUAUAUAUAUAUAGAAGGAUGGAUAGACAUCGUAUAACAGAAUAAGUAAAAAACAAUAGUAUAGCUAGUUUCCAAACCAUUUCAAUUAAUUGAAAGUUGCUGACACAGCAGGAUGGAAAUGUUAAAGAAAAUUUAAAUUGUAUACAUAAGUUCGCAUAUAUAUACAUGCAUGUACGUAGUAUGUUUUUGUGUACUAAGCAAAGUCAUAGAUGUUUAGAACACACGAGUUAUAGAACAUGUAUAUAGUUUCCACUAUGAAGCAUAAGAAUAACUUAUAUCAAAACGCAUCAGAUUUGAAGAUGUGCGAAAUAAAAUCGUGAAGAUAUGUUAACGAAAAGUUAUGUGGCUGUUUGCAUUUUAAAAUACUUCACCAGAAAAAUUAUUAUGCUGCCUCGUCCCACAAGGGAUGUGCUCCUAAAUAUCUUUUUAUCUCGGCACUCGGCAGAGUGGUUUACAUGUAUAUAUACAUUCCAAAAAGAAAAGAAAACAAACAUAUUAUUUCCAAAGAUUCGAUUGGUGAUCUGAAAAAUAACAAAAACCUUCUUGGAUAGAGAGUAUGAAUCAUAACUAGCUUUGAAGUCAAGAGAGGGUUUGCUAAAUCCGUAUUAGCUUAUGUCUAUGACAUGGAUUCCAUAGUGACAAUAAAAUACUGGUUCAAUGGUUUUUUUUCUAAAGAAAAACACAGUAGUAAUAUCAAUUUGCUAGAGCUUAAUUGCCCCGGAAUUAAUUAUUGGCUUUUGUGAGUGGUUUCCUUCUCUUAGAUGACUAUGAACUAUAUUUUGGUUUAUUUUAAUACAAGACAGCUCUAAAAUAGCAUAUAUUCAAAGCAAAUUAGAACCUUUGAUUCCUUUUUUUAAUUUAAUAAUAUUCAAAUUAACCGAUAAGAUAUGUUUCUAAAAGUAUCGUACAUAGAAUUUGUAUGUCGAACCUUAAUUAAUGAUCAAUAUUAACUCUUCCAUUCCAUGAAACACUACAUUAGCUACUAAUUUUAUUUGUAUGUCGCUUGGAGAUCGACUUAAUGAUAAUGUAUAUCGUGACUUUCAAUGUCAGUGUUGUUUAGCUUAGUCAUUCGCCAUAGAUCCGACAUCAUCUUCAGGCGUUGAUGUUCGAAUCAUGUUUCCCACAUGUGGAAUAAACUCUCAUUUGUGGAACCCAUUUUUUUUAGAAAUCUCUCUGAUGAGCUGGUAACAAAACAAAAUUCUGCUAGAGUAAAGCUUUCUUGGGCAAUAUCUUUUUUUUUUAAAAUAAACUGAUUAUUUUUUUGUAUAUAUCAUAAGAUAUAACAUAGAACAAAAGACAUACCAUGAAACGUCGUUGAACCAUUUUUUGGAAAACGUAUGCGUGGCCAAAGCAACAAUACCAAAAAAACAAACAAAAAUGUGAAGUAUCAACGCAAGUUUGUUGAAUCUAUACAGAGCUAGAUCUGAGAUUUAAAAGAUCAUAAACAUUUUAAAAUUAUUUUUCAUAAUUUGAUAGCCAUGCUACAUAUGUAUAAUGUAGUUUUAAACAUUUGGAAAGUCAAGACGAAUUCUCAUCCGACUAUGCCCAUAAGCAGUCAUAUCUGUAUGUAACGAUUUUUAAAUUAAAAAAAAAAUCGCUCUACAGAACAAAGUCUUCAUCUUUUGAAUCACAAAACACCAAAAUAAAAACAAUAGAAAGAUCAUGAAACAUCAAUAUUCAAUAAUGUACUAUAGUUAGAAACUUCCGUCACAUGCAAGGACAAACAACGUCACUAUAAGCAAGAUGAAAGAGAGGGAAACCUGGAGAUAAAUGGCACUGAAGAUAAAGACAGCUUGCACGGUUAUUCAUUUCCACAACUAUUACUAGAAAAUGUGUGUUGGUCUCAAAGUAUUAGUAGCCCAAUAUACAUUAUAAGAUAAUUUGGGCUUGAGAGUUGUGAACUUAGUGGAAUAAUAGUAAAAACUAAAAAGAUGAUUAUCUUAGUUUCUUAGUUUGUAGCCACUUAAUGCAUCAUCCUAUUUUGUCACAACUUUUAACGCAUCUAUCCAUUUUGUAAAACAGAAAAUCAAAUCUUGAAGACAUCGGAAAUCGGAUCAAGCAAAAGCAAACGCAGGAUCAGAUUAAAAUAAAACGGAAAUGGGGAUGUGUAUCAUAUAUAUAAAAAUAUAAUAAUUAGAUUGGGGAUGUGUAUCACAUAUAUAAAUAUAUAUUAUAGAUGUAAUAUACUAUUAUCGAAUAAUCAUCUAAAACUAAUUACAAUCAUGAACAUCAUUAUUGAUCAGAGGCAUGUAGAUUGUAGAAGAUCAGGGAAUAAAAGCCAGCUUGUUUUAUUCCAGUUAAUUAUAUUUUCUCAAGUAUUCAUAGGGGCUCAAUCAUACAUGUUUGUUUCUCUCCAGGGUAGUUAGUAGCAAUUCAGUUUUAUAUGAUUUUUUCUAUGAAUUUAUUUAUAUUAAAUCAUGAAAAUGUACGGAUUUAUACAAACCUACUUAUCCCUGAAAAUACUCUGGAUGUUUUUUUUUUAGGAAGGAAAAAGUAAUCAAUCAUUUGAAUUUGGUACAAAAAAAAACUUAUAACUGUUAGCAUAAAUAAACAGAAAAUAAUAAUCUACUAAUGCGUACAGGAAAAAGAAGAACGUGAAUUGUGAAUCUGUGAUAAAGGCCAUGUUGUACGGGCCACUACGUAAAAGAAUCAUUCAUAGAUUAAUUGUUAGAAAAAUAUAGUAAAAGUUAAUGGUGGAUUGGUGGCCUAAUUGGUGAAGUAUUUUCCAAUUAUAUCAUUAUUAAAAAUUCCAAACCUAAUAUCCUGUAAUGUAAUACUAUCAUUAUCUUACGUUAAUAGGAAAUGCUUUUGCGUAAUCGUUGCUGAUAUAUUCAUUGCCGGUUCAUCACCAGCACAUGCAACCAUUGCCAGUCCGAAAACUUAAAUGCUAUAAUAUUGAAUAAUGCACUAAAGAAAAGUUUCUUAUUAUAGUAACUCGGCGUCAACUUCUUAUCAUGUAUUUCACGUAAUAUAUAAUAAGCCGACUUUGUUGUUGACAUCAUAAAGAAACUAAAUAAAUUCGAAUAUUAUCAAUUAAGAACAUAUGAUUUCAGCUGCUGAAGCCAAUCAUUAUUUUUAUUUUUAGAUUUGUCAAAUAUCCUUUCUUUGGUAUUUUAUUGGUUAUAUUUAGUUAGAAAUUUUACUUGAGCCUCUAAAAAACGAACCAUAGUUUUACGUCGAGACAUCCUUUUAAAAGUCAAUAAUCCUUGGAGCCAUGACCACACACAAAUAUAUACAAUGUAAGUUCAAAACUAAGAUAUGUUGAUUAGAUCAGUCAAAAAAAGAUAUGUUGAUUAGAACUAGACUGUAUUAUAUUCUUUUUUUAUGAACUGUUACAUAAUUUUGUUUAAACUUAUAAUAUAGUUUACCAUAAUAAGCUGGUGAACAAAAAAAAAGGGGGCAUUACCAUAAACAAAGGCAACAUGCGUAGUUACGAAAUGAUCUCAUCUGAAAUCACUAUAAAAAAAGGAAGAGAAAAGUAAGAAAUUUCGAAAAAAUAAAAAAGAAGGAAGAAAUUUCACAUGGGGAGGUGCAGUGAAAACCUGAAAUCGCACUAACAUUGACGUGGAAAUACAAGUCCUUUACCGGCAUGGCCUCCAUGUUCUACGUAUGGGACUUCUGAAGGAUGCAUUAGUUAAAAAAUGAGUCUUUUUCGUUUGUCGUUAGUGAUAUGUAAAGCUUAUACAAUUACUAAAAAGAGGACUAUGUAAUCUAAUUAAUACUAAUCCGUAUUCAUAUUAUAUGUAUAUUUCUGGAAGAAGAGAUCCAAUCGUUAGAUUCCUGGGGAACUGAACUGAAAGUGUUUGGUAAAAGUGUGAAACCGUUCGCUUUGGAAAUUGAAGCCUUCCCCAUGUUUUAUGUCUCCUUUUUUUUCUUGCUCUCUCUCACCAGUCACCACAACAUUACUACUGCACUUUACGUUUGAAGGAGUAUUAUUAUUUAGGGAUUAUGUAUCUCUUUUCAUUAGGAAAAUUAGGAAAACAGUGAUUUUUUUUUCUAUUACAUAUACUAGGUAGGGAACCCGUGCGAUAUCACACGGAUACUCAUUUUAUAAAAGUUAUAUUUCAUAUUUUUAUAAAAUAACAUUUUAUAAACAUUUUUUACAAUUUAUUUUGAAGAAAUACAUAUGUUACAAAACUAUCUUGCAUGCAACUAUAUUUCUUUAUUGAUAAUACUGAAAAUCUAUAUUUUAUUUAUAGGUUUGGUUGUAAUAAAUUUAUAAACAUGUAAAUACCAAAUAAGAUUUUUGUCUUAUUAUCCGUUUAGUUAAGUUAUUUAAAAAUCUAAAAAAUAACUGAAUAUUUGAAUCUAAUUAAAAAGAAAACAUAUUCCAAACUAAUUGUUUACUAAAUUAGUAAGGUAACUUAUAAAGACAAGUCAAAUAGUCAUGAUUUUUUUUUGAAACCAUAUAAGACGUGUGCGAUCGAAAACAUAACAAUAUGAUAAUUUUAUGAUAUAUAUUAUCCCUUAAAAUAUUCUUCUUAGCAUAUCGCCCAUAGUUUCUGUUUUAUUAGACAUUCUAGAACAAAAUAAAAGAGCACUAAAACUGAUUAUACAUAGAUUCUAAACCUUCAAUAUCUCAGUCAAACUUAUUCAUUAUAAUGUUGUAACUUAUAUCAAAUGUUGUAACUCUCUGAUUCAUUUUUUGGAUUGAGUGAAUCUGCAAAAUAAAAAACGAAAGCUACGUUUAUAAAUCAGUAAAACAAUAAACUGAAAACCUUUGCAAUUUAAUGACGGUAAUUUAUUGAAAUUCUUUUCUGGGUUAUCAAAGUAGACACUAAAAUUUUGUUAAAUCAAACUGUUUUAAAAGAAAAAAAAUAUUAUGGACAAAGCUGUUGUUUAUAAAUAUGAUAGAAAAAAUGGUUGAACAUAAAUAAGAAGAGUUUUCUUAGUUCACUUCACAACUGUAAAGAUGAUGAUUAAUUGCAUACCAUGUGUUGCCACACAAUCCAAAGUAGAAGAUGUAAUAGUAGUUAAUAGUAACAGUACAUAUUGAGUAAAAAGGUGCGUACGUUAAAGGGUGAUAAUUAAGAGUAUCAAUUUUUUUUUUGUUAACGGUUACAGAAAUCAUCUUGUUUGAAAAUUUGACCUUCAUUGUUUCCCUUGCUGCUUUUGAAUUUUAAAGUUAUACAUUAUUUUACAUGUCAUGAUUCAGUAAUUAACAGGUUAAAUGUUUGAGUUUUACAGAAUUGCGACAGCAAAUAUCGUGCCUAACAUUAGUUUACAAAAUCGUGACAGUCAUGGUUGUUGUGAUUUGUGAAUGCACACAACUCCUUAUAUAGAAGAUUAAAGAUUGCAAUGGUUGGCACCAAAAGUUACAAUGAAACAACACAAUCAAAUGAUACUUAUAUGAAUAGUCACAACUUUUAAAUAUAAACAGUCAUAUUCUUUCAAUUUAAAUAUAAUUAUUUUUAGAAAAUACUUAUAUAAAUAGUCACAACCUUUCAACAUAAUUAGAUUCACAACCUUUGGAAUUAAUUGGGAUUGCUAUUAUUAGUAGAUAAAUAUUCUUCUACUAUAUGUUUACUUUUAUAAUAUGUUACAUACACCACAUAAAUAAUUAACAAAACUAAACCAAAGUAUAAACUAAUUCUGAAAAGAUAAAAUAAUAGAACCAGUAAACUUAGUUUUACAUCUACUUUUUGUAGUUUUUUCUUAGCGGUGUUAUCAAUACCCAAAAGUGUAUACAGAUUGCGGAUUUAAAACGCAAAUCACAAAAGCAUAAUUAAACAUGGCCUUAAUGACGAUUUAAGUUAAAAGAAAGUCAAACUAGAAGUAAUAACCCGACCCUAAGGUUUUCCAAGUUGAGAGAAUUAAGAAAUCCAAAAGCAUAUGAUUAGUCAACUAUUUUAAUCAUUUAGCUUCAAAAUUAAUCUGUAAACUAAUUAAAACAAGAUUCCAAAACGUCAUCAAGGCCUCUAUAUAUCUCCAUAACCUCAAGAACCCACCAUGUUUCUCUCCAUCAUUACACAACACAAAGAUCAUCAAACACAAAAGAACAUAGCCAUGUCUUCUUCUGUUACCGCCAUGGAAGCCAAGAAGUCAAACAAAAUAAGAGACAUCGUAAAGCUUCAACAAAUCCUCAAGAAAUGGCGAAAAGUCGCUCAAGCAUCAAAACAAGCCAACAACAACAAGAUUAACAACGAAGAAGACAUCAACAACAACCUAACCAAAACUGGAAGUGGAAGUGCAAGUAAGAGCAUCAAGUUUCUGAAGAGAACACUAUCCUUCACAGAUGUAACAGCUGUUCCCAAAGGCUACUUAGCUGUCUCGGUGGGGAAAGAGGAGAAGAGAUACAAGAUACCAACGGACUACCUUAGCCACCAAGCUUUCCACGCGCUGUUGCGUGAAGCAGAAGAAGAGUUCGGGUUUCAGCAAGCUGGUGUGCUGAAGAUUCCUUGUGAAGUUGCUGUGUUUGAGAGCAUUUUGAAGAUAAUGGAGGACAACAAGAGUGAUGAGUACCUGACCACACAGGAGUGCAGGUUCAAUGCAACUACUGAUGAAGUUGUAACUCACCGUCAUCCUUCGGAUUGCCCUAGGACUCCUUCUCUUCAACCUCACAGUCCAAUGUGCAGAUAACUUUUGUCUUUCUAUUGAUGUGUUUGUUGCUUUUAACCAUUCUUCUCCCUCUUCCCCCAUGUUUCCCACUUUUUUCCCUUGGGGAUUUGAACUUUGUGUACUUUGUAACUCCAAGAGAAAAAAGAAUGAGAGAUUUUUGAAUAAUGAAAUGUAUAAAGAAAUCACUGAAAAAAAUUGAUAACAUGAAAAGCUCUCAUAAUAUUAAUCUCUCUUCCAUUAUAUGAUAAAUUUCAGAACUCUGUUAUUCUGGUGUAUCAUAACUUAUAAGUUAAUCAUCUAAUCAGACACAAUGAAGGAGAAUGUGUCGCAUGGCAAGAAUGGAUAAUGAGAAACAUCUAAACAAAAGCAGCUACAUGGUUAAGUUUACUUUUUCAACAUCUACAUUUGUCCUUUAACUCUUAAGUAGAAAUCAAACCCACAUCAGCCAAGAAGUGGUGGUGCAAUGGCAAGUAUACUCUAGUGGUUAAAGCGUAAACUAGGUCAUAUGGUUAGGGCUUUGGAGACCUUGAUAGAAAACAAAGCAAGAGGUUCAUGUUUCUAUGUAUGCAUCUUCAGUUUUUUUCGGAACUACCCCAUGUGUAAUGAUGUUGCAGUUAUGCCAAGUAAUCAGAGGUUUAAUAUAAACUAAUGGAGUAACUAACAUCAAUUAAAAUAAGUGUGAAAAGAGAUGAGAGUACCCUACGGCAUUGUACUUUUUAAAAUCAUCAAGUUGAGACACUGGUUGUUAAAAGUAUAUAAAUUAACAAAACGUACAGUAGUAUCCUAUGCUCUUACACAGAAUGCUAUAAUAAGUAUCUUAAUUAGUGAAUAUAAUAACUUUAGUCACAGCAUCACAUGCACCUUUUCUCUAAAUUAAGUACUCAUCAUUAUUGAAAUCACAUGCAAUUAACGAUUCAUCCACAACAGAGUACGGCAAGAUCAGAAGGAAUGAUCUUGGUAUCCUCCCAAAAUCAAUCAAGAUUCAAGAGAGAGGAGGUACUCAUAGAUUAAUGAAUAUGCUCUCUCUCAACAAAGGGUGGUCAAAGUCAAAGGUUAAGAAGCCGAGAUCUGAUAAAACGGAAAGGUCACAUGACAUAUGUACCCUGAGACUUGCCACCAUCUUAAGCAAUCACUCAUUCACACAUGUGUCAUGAACAUCUCCUGAACCUGAUCUCGAGGUUUCUAAACGUUACUAACGAUUUAAAUGGAGCAGGUUCCAUAUAAGACAGCAGGAUCCAGCUAGAAAUUUAACAUGUAACAAACCAUACGCCUAGGAAAACUCAAAAAUAGUGGUGAUGGUACGUUCAUGACUCAUGUAGUUUACUUCUUUAUAAAGAUUGGUAGCCAAAGUUAUAAGCCUAAGACAAAUAGAGAAACAAAAGGAAACUUUAUUAUUUGUUCUCUUAGGCACAUAAUCAAUAUAGACAAGCGAUGAGCAAAGGGCAGCCACACAUACAUCAGUACAUAGACCAAUCAGUACACAAUUCACAGAAACACAUACAUCAGUACAUAAACAGA